CUGGCAUCAAACACUCAGGAAUAAUCAGACUAGGUCAAUGGAGAUAACCAUGAAUUCUUUCCUUGGACAAACCGGAUAUAAUAAUGAAAGCACAACUCACGAACCAACACAGGAACGUGCUCUGUUUUGGAGACCGUGGACACAAGAAGAAUUGGAACAAAGAUCGGACUCUCAUGGGGUGUACGGCAAAUCCCUGGUUGAAAUAUCAGAUCCAAAGAAGCCCAACAGCUUUGUACAUCCUGUAAAGUUAUUCUGGCCUCGAUCACGCUGCUAUGAUUAUCUGUAUCAGGACGCCGAGGCGCUGCUCCGGAACUAUCCCGUCCAGGCGACCGUCUGUCUUUACGCAGACUCCAGCGACGAGGAGGACAGUGACGAGGAAGUCGAGAAAGAAAUGAACUAGACAUUUAUGAAUGGAAUUUGGAUUUUG